UGCAGAAUGCCUAGGGUUACCGGCCUCGUUUUGACUUCGUAGAUUUCAAUGGGCCUUGAGAAGUAGUCUCGUCUUUAUCCAACGCCAUAUCGCUUUGGUGCUCCACCACAAUCCACGUCUUCCCAUUCCUCUUCUUCUCUAACGAAUUUCUUCUUCCUUCUUUUCACGAUCUACUGAAGAAGGAAUUGUGAGAUCCAAGCAAAGAUGAACGACGCCGAUGUCUCAAAGCAGAUCCAGCAGAUGGUGCGGUUCAUUCGACAGGAGGCCGAGGAGAAGGCCAAUGAGAUCUCCGUCGCCGCCGAGGAGGAAUUCAACAUUGAAAAGUUACAACUUGUUGAGGCUGAAAAGAAGAAGAUUAGGCAAGAAUAUGAGAGAAAAGAGAAGCAAGUAGAGAUUAGAAAGAAAAUUGAGUAUUCUAUGCAACUGAAUGCCUCUCGUUUAAAAGUUCUUCAAGCUCAGGAUGAUUUAGUUAUUUCCAUGAAAGAGGCUGCUGCAAAAGAGCUUCUUCUUGUUAACAAGAUACAAGAUUCGUACGAAAAGCUUCUGCAAGACCUAAUUGUCCAGAGCUUGCUAAGGUUGAAGGAACCAGCUGUGUUGUUGCGAUGCCGUGAAGAGGAUCUUCAACUUGUGGAGUCUAUUCUCAGCUCAGCAAUAGAAGAAUAUGCAGGAAAAGCAAGUGUUCAUCCACCGGAGAUAGUGGUGGACAGAAAUACCUUUUUACCAUCUGCCCCUACCCAUUAUGAUGCUCAUGGCCCCUAUUGCUCUGGUGGUGUAGUCUUGGCUUCAAUAGAUGGGAAAAUUGUCUUUGAGAACACACUUGAUGCAAGGCUUGACGUUGUCUUUCGGAAGAAACUCCCAGAGAUCCGAAAACAUCUUUUUGGCCAAGUUGCUGCUUGAUCACCUUUUGUUAAAUUUGGUGUUGGGCCGUAUUGCAGCUGCCGAUGGGUCAUCCAUCCAUGUUCCCCUACCUGUGUGUGGUUUUGAACACUUUGAUUAUAUUCCCAGUAUACAUUUGUGAAUCACUUCUUUUCUUUACUAUUCACAAAACCUACUAGUUCGAGAGGUUUGUUAACUUGUGCAAUGAGAAAUUCAAUUUGAAUAAGUGGCUGUAAAAUUGAUGACACAUUUACUUGUCAAUGAAUGGCCUGAGCACUUGCUGUA